AUGGCAACAACAUCCCCCAGUGCCUGCCUGCACCGCACCGGACAAGGCGCAGGCGGCCGAGGCAGCGCGUGGAGUGGAAAAGCAACGGGGCGGCCGGGCGGUGCGUGCGUGGCCCUGCCUGCUGACACCAGACUGGAGUCCUCUCCUCUGCACAUCGUGGUGUUCCCAUGGCUCGCCUUCGGCCACAUCAUCCCCUUCCUCGAGCUCUCCGAGCAGCUCGCCAAGCGCGGCCACUUCGUCACCUUCGUCAGUGCCCCGAGGAACCUCGCCAAGCUGAGGCCUGUCGCCGCCGACGUUAGGCCGCGCAUCCGGCUCGUCCCACUGCCCCUGCCGCUCGUGGAUGGCCUCCCGGACGGCGCCGAGUCAACGGCCGACGUCCCGCCGGAGAAGGUCGAGCUCCUUAAGAUCGCCUUCGACGGCCUUGCCGCCCCCUUCGCCUCCUUCCUCGCCGAGGCUUGCGCCUACGGGGAGGCCAGAGAAGGGCACUCCAAGAAGCCCGACUGGAUCAUCCUCGACUUCGCGCAGCACUGGCUUCCGCCCAUCGCCGAGGAGCACAAGCCACGUACCUAUCACCGCCACAGCACCUUCUCGUAUUUCGUCCGAGUGUCUGACCGACCGUCUCCGUGGCAAGUGCAGGUGCCGUGCGCGGUGUUCCUGAUCUUCCCUGCGGCCUGCGUCGCGUUCGUGGGCCCAAAGGAGCUCAACGACGCGCACCCGCCAUCCGCGGCGGAGGACUUCACCGUUCCGCCGCCGCGGAUCCCUUCUCCGUCCUGUCUCGCAUUCCGCGGCCACGAGGCUGAGUGGACCGCAGGGGGGUGGCAGCCCAACGCGUCCGGCAUCUCCGACGUCGGCCGCAUCUGGGAGACGACGCAGCGGUGCCCGCUCAUCGUGUGCCGUUGCAGCCACGAGGUCGACGGCCCGCUCUGCCCCCUCCUGGGCGACCUCUACCGCAAGCCCGUCCUCCCCUCGGGCCUCCUGGCACCCGAGCGGACGCAGCUCCUGGACGGGUUCAAGGGCCGCGUGGGCGGCCGCGGGGUGGUGCGCGUGCUCGCGCACGCCGCAGUGGGCGCCUUCAUGACGCACGUUGGGUGGAGCUCCCUCAUGGAGAGCUUCCUGUUCGGCCACCCGCUGGUGAUGGUGCCCCUGUUCGCCGAUCAGGGCCUCACCGCGCGCCUGAUGACGGAGCGGCGGGUCGGCCUGGAGGUGCCGUGGGACGACUGCGGCAGCGAGUUCCGCGGCGAGGACGUCGCGAGGACCGUGCGGCGGGUGAUGGUGGAGGAGGAAGGCAAGGAGUUCUCGCGCAACGCCAAGGGAUUGCAGGAGGUUCUCUGGGACACAGCGACGCAGGAGCGCUACAUCGAUGAGCUGGUCGAGCACUUGCUGCGCCGCCGAGGAGAUUAUCAGGACGAAGAUCAAUGUAUCCGUCCCAAGGGACUCGCUAAAUUUUAG